GAAAGCUCUGAAAGAUGAAACAUGGCGAAACAAGCAACCAAUGAAAAAUUAGUAAUUGGGCAAGGAAGUGAUGACAUGGAGAUUGAGGGCAUCCCAUUGGUUGACACAUACGCACAGACAGUAUGAAGAGAAGUAAUCAGGAGUGUAAAAAUCAUAGGAAAGAAUAGAGGAAAUUAAUUAACGAAGCAGGCGAAGAAAGCAAAAGAAGAAAAUAAGAGUAGAAAACAGAAUAAAGAGCUCGAGAAAGACCAGAUAGGAGACAUUUCCAGUUAUACUAUAUAUGAAAAAUAGAGUCCCGAGGAUCUGAGCAAAAAGAUUCAGUGGUGAUAGAAAUAAGUUAUAAUAUAACAAUGCAAUACAUUUAUGGAUGCAAUGUUGAAGCUAUAUAUGUAAUGAAUUAAUAAUAGUCAGCACAAAAUAGGAUUAAGAAAUAUUUGAACACUAGAAAAUGUGAUAGAGGAUAGAAAUAACAUGGAUUUUCAAAUUAUAUUUUGGAUAGUAAUAAAAUAAAGAAAUGGAAGUGAACUGAGCUAGAGACAGUUGUAAGCCAAAAAGGAGUAUAAUUUUGCCUGUAAAUUGGAACUGAAGAGAGGAAGAAGGAAUGAGAGAAAAAAAGAAUGAAAAUGAAAAUGAAAUGUAACUAAGAAAUGACGUGAGCGAGAAAUGUUUUUUGUUAGGCAAAAUAAAGGGACCUAAAAUUUAGCAACCGAAAAGACAUGUACAAAUAAAAAAUUUUGCAGUCCGAAUACUCUACCUUAUCAGAAGAUCAAAAGAUGAAAAAUAAUUGCAGUGAUGAGAACUAUUUGAAGGCCACAACAGGAUCAAAUGACUUCGAUGUUUUAAUUUUUACACAACAUUGGCCUCAAACUGUUUGUUAUACUUGGAAGGAAAACCAGGCAUCGCACACGUGUUCAUUACCGACAAAACAUGAUGAGUGGACAAUUCAUGGCAUUUGGCCUUCUCAAUACCAUAAAAUCGGUCCACAGUUUUGUAAUAAAUCGAUGCCUUUUAACCCUUCAGCUUUAAAAUCAAUAGAAACAGAAUUACAAGAAAAAUGGAUAGAUAUAGAAAAUGGAAAAACAUCUUACUCCCUUUGGAAACAUGAAUGGGACAAACACGGUACUUGCGCGGCAACCGUGGAACAUCUAAAUAGUGAGGUCAAGUAUUUCAAGGAAGGUCUGAAUUUAUUAACAAAGUAUGAUAUGAAAAAUGUAUUGGCACAAGAAAAUAUCAUACCUGGACAAACAUAUAACACGAGCGAUAUUUUGAAUGCUAUUGAACGAAUAUUAGGUAAACGAGGCUCAUUAAUCUGCAUAAAAAGCAAGGACACUGGAGAAUCAUACAUAUUUGAAAUACGAAUAUGUUUUGACAAGAUGUUACAAUUAAUUAACUGUGAUGAAACUUAUGAAUAUCCUACGAACUGUGAUCUUUCUGGAUAUGUAACAUAUCCUGAUAAACUGCCACAAGGACACAACGUAGCACAGAAAUUACAAAUACAGAAUGUUUUGAAAUACUGCCUUUUUAUAAAUUUUUGGAGAAUAUUUUACAAUCGUAUAGUAUCUUAAAAGUUAUAUGGUUGACUGCAUGGAAAGUAAUAGCUGAUAUUUAUUAUGAUCAUUCUACUUUUUUCUGAACAAUUAAAACUGCAGAUGGUGUCAGGCCUGGAAGUACAAUAAUAAUAAUUAAAUAAUUGAGCCUUGUA